GGUGCUGCCGCUGCUCCUACAGAUGGCCGGCCAAGAUGUCGUCCGCUCCACAUUGUUGAUUAUUAUUUUCCAAGGGGGGUGACGAUAUUUCCAACGAUAUUGAAUGGUUGUUAAUUCAAUUUAAAACUACCCUCUUAUACAGCGAAACACUAUUAACCCACGAUAAUAUCUAAUUGUCUUCAAAAUGGCUGCUAACCGCGACACAGAGGUACAAAGAUUAAAAGAACUUGGCAACGCUUGCGUGAAGGAGCAAAAAUAUGGGGAGGCGAUGUUCCAUUACACACACGCAAUUAAGCUGGACCCUAAGAAUCAUUCGUUGUAUAGCAACCGGUCUUUGGUAUUUUUGAAAAUGCAGCAGUACCACUUUGCCAUGGAAGACGCCGUAAUGACCAUUCAACUGAAACCCGAUUGGACAAAGGGAUAUUACCGCAAGGCGGAAGUGGAGUCACAAACUUUCCGAUUCAAUGCAGCUAUUCAUUCCUACUGUAAAGCGCUCAGUCUACAGCCAAAUGAUCCUAGUAUACUGGACGCACUGCACAGAGCUUCGAAACAGCUGAUCAAAGAUAGAAAAGCCGACCAACAAAUACCUUGGCUGGGUGCUGGCGUCGGGAUAAUUCUUGGCGUCAUCGUCGUGAUUGCCGAUUACGUUUUCACAAACAAACCGACGUUAACGCACCCCUUGUUGAUGGCACUUCUUACGAUCGCCAUCGCUAUGCUGGGUUUCGGGAUAGCAAAGGGGUGUCGUUACUUCGUCAAGUGCCAAAGGCGAUCGCUGCUCGAGCCACCGCUGGAUAUUCUUGAAAGUAGUACGACUAAUAAGGACGAACCAGAAGAAUCAGUGCAGAAUGAGAAAAAUGGCGAAGUAGACAGAGACAAACAUCCGAAAUACAGCAAGGCACAGGCGAGGCAACGAUUCAAAAAAGGAAAGUCGUAGCAAAUUGACGGUAACGAUUUUAGUUUCAACAUUGUCUAAAGUCCAGUGGGUCCAGAUCGACGAUAUUAUUCUUAAGACGAAUUUCCUUCUCUGUAACGUUCAUUUUUGUUUUCAAACGUACGAUAACCGCUUGCCAGCACGUAUGUAUAGCCAUAGUCUUCUACAGAUCUGUCAUGUAUCUUGUGUGUAAGAGUUGGAAAAUUCUUACGAUAGUUUAUAUCGAAUUAUACCACAAUAUCUCGAGUUUGAAUGAAAAGUACAUAGUCUUGUAAUUUAUAGGUAUGUACAUUGUGGAACAACCUCAUAAUUAUGAACAAUAGUUAUUCGGUAUUAUUUAUACGUAAAUGUAGGGAAUUGAUUAGUACUGUUCAUACCACGAACUUUCGUGUACGUUGAACACUCUGAAUCCACGUCGGACCUAUUGAUGCAUUUACCUUGAUUAUACAAGUACGUUUCGUGCUGAGGGAUACACUAUUUGAACUGGACCUUUAAAUAUUUGUAAGCUAAACGUCGAUCUUAGUAACCUGCGGUGAGCCCUAUGCUUUAUUAUCAAUUAACGGCUAAGUCUGAGUAUAUAUACAAUAAUCAUUAUUUGAAAUUAGGGAUGCGUGAUGUUUUCAUUUUAAUGGACAUAUUAAUAUCGAUGAUUGGAUAUAACUUGAGAUAUACUACAAUAGUACAAUUUUGUAAUUUGAGAUUUCGGAGAACUUGUACAAUCCUGUUUCUAAUAACCUAUGCACAGCUAUUUAUUAUGUAGUUAAUUAUCAUACGUUAAGCUCCAGAUACGUAAGAUAAUACGUAUGUAAAUCCUUUUGAUAACCUAUGGAUUAAAAGACACUUAAACGCAGUGAUUUAAAACGUAUGUAUACCUUAUGAAAUACAAUCAUAUAUACCUAGAUACAGGAGAUCGUGUGUAACUAGAAAACAGAAAAGAUAAAUAAAUUAUUGCAGUUGAAUGUAUAGCCUAGAACCCUAGAUACAAAUGAAUAUCAAUCCCUAUGUUUAUUUAGAUAAGAAAAAUCCCCGGCAUUUGUAUAGUAAUUUAUAUAAAAGUUCAAUUUCAUAAAAAAAAUAAAUAUCGAUCGAAUAUUU